AGCCGUGUAACGCGAUCUGACACUAUGCUGCCGUUAUUAUGGAGGUAUAGUUUCAAAUCAAGUCGUUUAUUAUGAUGUUAGCCGGUGUGUGAUUUCUGAUGGAUACGUAUGGCAUACCUAGCUCAGUAAAUAAUGAAUACUAGUUAUAUAGCCUACAUGCACUUCUGUAGCGGUCAAUUCGCUAGCUGCAUCACCAGGCGAUAUCGAUCAGUAUAUACUGAUUUGUCGGUUAUCAUUUGACCGACUCAGUCGUGUUUUCAACAGGACCAGUUUGAUUUUUUAAAACACGAUUCAUAUGACAAAUUGUUUAGAACUGAUCACUGGAAAGAGUCAUCGAUUUUCACCAAGCACUUGCUGCUGAAUGUUUAAAAAAUUGAGAGGCUAUUCAAUAUUGUAGUGCGGACCGGGAAACAUUUAUUUAUAAUUCUCGCGAAGACGGUGUCAGCCGAGAGGGACAUUCUGAUCAUCAGGUUCCCUCUGUAUUGAUUAGUGUCGAGAUUUAAUGUCUUUGAGGGAGAUUAUCGGACGGAACGAAAUUGACACGUAAACGAUACAGGAUUGAUCGAUAUUUUUUCAAAACAGAAAUCUAGUGGGGAAAAGAGAAGAAGCUUCUGUUCUUGGUAGUGGGAGCACUUCAUAUCAUUAUGAAUUUUGGACGAAGGCGGAAUGACGAUCAACCAACCCAACAAACAAGCUCACAGAAGGAGCCACAAUCGCCUGCAACACGGAAAAUGAGAGAAGAAAUUAAAAGAACAUUUGAACUUUUCGAUAAAGACAAAAAUGGUAAAAUAACGGAAACAGAACUCACUGACGUCAUGCGAGCUUUAGGUCAAAAUCCUACGUCACAACAUGUGCGGUCAAUUAUAGCGGAAGUGGAUAAGGACAACGAUGGUGAGAUUGAUUUUGAAGAAUUCGUUUCUAUGAUGUCAAAAAAAUGGCGUGACCUAGAAAAAGAGGAAGAGGAAAUAAAGAAAGCUUUCAAGGUUUUUGACAGAAAUGGAGAUGGUAUGAUUGAAAUGCGUGAAUUGAAAGCUGUUCUAACUGGUUUGGGUGAAAGGAUGACAGAGGAAGAAUUUCAGGAUCUCAUGCGCGAGGCAGAUCUAGACGGAAAUGGCGUCAUCACAUACGAAGAAUUUUCCUCCGUUCUAGCUAACAAAUUUAUUUGAUGUUUCAUAUCAUGCCAGGAAUGAUAUGUAGUUUGAUCAAAUUACGAACUGAUGCUGGGGAGAUGGCGAAUACAGCCAGCCCAAGGUCCAUGGAUUGUGGGAUCAUCGACUGAUGUCUAGGUACUGCCUGGACCAUCCUCCAAACAAUGUAGAAGACCAAGCGGUCGUACAAAGGCUGCUUCCUAUACAUAUUUGGUUCGUUGUGUUGGUUUACUAAAUCAUUUUUGCCGUUGUUCGUUAAAAGUAUAAGGAAAACACACGUGUCUAUUGUAAGUAUAAAGCUUUUGGUGUGCCCAGAUUUAACACAAUGUAACUUGAUAAAAUGUUAACGUAUGUCAGAUUUUGCGUACCUCUAUAAACAUCUAAAGUCUUAGAAAAUAAAAUUACAGUAAAAAUGUUUGGGCUUACAGUGAUAUAAUUAAUACGUGUUAUGUUCCCACUUGUAGGCUAUUUUAAUUAUUUAUUGGGAGGUCACCCAAUUUUUUAAGAUAUUUAAGUCUUCUUUAUAUACAUUGUCGUUUUACUAACGAAAAAAAGGUCGAAAUAUGAAAUAAUAAUCUUCCAAUGUAGAGCAGAUCACUUCCUUUUAUUGACCAAUCAGAUUAGGCAUUAUGGAUAUCUGCAUUCAGAUACAAGGGACUUUUAUAUUUAAAUACAAGGGACUUUUUUAUAUUUAAAUACAAGUUGUUUUUUUAUAUAUUCAGAUACAUUGGACUUUUUAUAUUCAGAUCAAGCGACUUUAAAAAAAAAUGAUUGUUUCGUAUAUUUGUGUCCUAGUUUAAAAGUAUCUACGUAUAUACAUUUUAAGGUAAACGUUUUUGUAAGAAAAUAUUACUAAACAUGAGCAGAAAAUGGUAUAAUCAAAACAAUCAGCUCCUAUAAGUGGGAAACACAGCCUUGCUGUCGUGCCAUCAUAUGUAAUUUUUGUUACUAAAGAUAGUUUCUUACGAAGUAUUAGGUAAAGUAUACG